AUGCUUCAGGAAGUCAAAACGUAUGUGUUUACCGAAAAUACGGUUUCUAAUCAACACUCUUGUAAGGGUGACGAAAAACAACCUGGAGCAGAAAUUCCUAAUGAGCUAGAAUUCGUUGGUUCUGACCUUAUUCGAGAGGCAGAGGCUCGUGCAAAGGCACGCUCAGUAGUAAACGAACAGGCAAAUUGUGCACAAGAAAGAGGCUCUUUUAAGCUAGGGGAAAUGCAGGACACUGACGUCAAGAAACUGACGUCAGGAAUUAAUAACAAAUUCAAAAAUUUUGAAUCAAUUGAUAAGCUUGAACCAACGCGGCCUACUGCUGAUAAUACGAAUCAGACGCAAAAGGAAUUGCUUGAAAGAAGAAUGAGCGAAAGGCCACCAGAAUCUCACACGGUGAGACCACCGUGGUUUACAGAGGAGAAGAAAUCUCAUCGUUCCGCACCCAAUUCAAAGACUAAACCAGGACCUGAACAAAACUGGGGUUUUCAGCGAACGUGUAACCAAAUAGACUUCCCAACAUAUUCUGCCAAGGAGAUGCGAGAUGCUCGACCGAUUGUAGUGGGUUCGAGGCACGAGAAAUGCAGUUGGAUGCCGAGCCUUGCACCGGAUUUCAUUGCUGAGAAACGAAAUGUGGGACGGCCGUUAUCGGACAAACUGCUUCCUAGUGGAGACAGCGCAGCGGGCCGAGCGUCCACCUCAAUUGUCUCCCGUAAUGCGAAUGAUGUCAACAUUCCACCGUACCCGAAAAUAUCGGCUCCCUACGCAAUGGACUAA